ACUGUCCACAGUGACAUAUAUAACCAAAUCCUCGGAGGGGGUCAAAAGCACAGAGCUUGCUCGCUCGCUUCUUCUAGAGAGAGAGAGAGAGAGAGAUAGAGAGAGAGCAAUGGAGGGGCUGAGGACAGUGAUGGGUAUGGCGGUGGUGCUGGGGAUAGCGAUGGUGGUCAUGCUGCCGGAAGUUGGAGCCACGCGGUGGACGGUCGGGUCCAACAUGGGCUGGAGCCCCAACUUUAACUACACUAUCUGGGCCAAGGACAAGCACUUCUACAAUGGCGACUGGCUCUUUUUCGUGUAUGAUAGGAACCAGCAGAAUGUGCUCGAGGUGAACUCGACCGACUAUGAGUCGUGCAACUCCGACCACCCGCUCCACAACUGGACCACAGGUGCCGGGAGGGAUGUGGUCCCACUGAACGUGACCCGCAAGUACUACUUCAUCAGCGGCAAGGGAUUCUGCUUCAGCGGCAUGAAACUGGCCGUUCAUGUUGAGAACCCGCCACCACCUCCCGUCGCCUCUCCAGUAAACAGCGGGUCCCCCCCAACUUACCAUGCAAGGAUCAUCAUCCCGGCUGUUUUCACCAUCGGGGCAGUGUGGGAUGCAUUCCUCAGGUUCUGGUAACGCAUGUCUCAAAUCGAUUCGGGAACCACUUCUAGCAGGUUACUUGUGAAAGGAGAAUCGAGCUGCUUUUUAUUCCACUAGUGUCAUUCUUAUUCUGAUCCUGGGGGUAAAAUUACUUCCUUUGUGGGUUUUUGUUCCUGUUCCUUCUUCUUUUUCAUGUCAGGUCGGCCGGAAUUCGGUCGAUCUGUCUUCUGAUUUGAGUUUUAGCGUGGCGAAGUGCAAAUUCAUGGGCAUUGGUGCUUGAGUCUUUGAACUUUAUGACUGUAACACCGAGGAAGAAAUAUGACAAAAGAUUCAUUUAUUUGAUUGUAUGCCUUUUCAGA